UUGUUGCGCGCGACUUAUCAAGCCUCCCACGUUUACUCGACUACCCUUCGACCACCAGCAGCGAGACGUAGUCGGUAACGCCACCACCGAGAUAAACCUAUCGGCCUCCCCUACCGCAGUGGAGGUUGACAGCUCGAAAAUCGCAGUACCAUCGCGUACACCGAGUACAGUGCCCGCGAAUGCGAGAUACAUCAGCGUACGCCGUCGGCACGUCACGAUGUUACUCGCGGUGAUCGCGCUUCUCUGCGCCGGCACCAAUGCCGAUGUUUUCACCAACACGUUCCUCGUAAAAAUGAGGCAGCCCGCGGAGAGACAAGUCGCCGAUCGCGUGGCUACUAGGAAUGGAUUCGUCAAUCUUGGACCGAUAUUGGGCAGUCAGACGGAAUAUCAUUUCGUGCACAGGGCCUUGUCUCAUGCGCGGAGCAAGAGAUCCGUGCCGCAUAUGAGAAGACUCAAGGUAGAUCCCAUGGUGCAUACUGCGGUACAGCAGCCUGGAUUCAAAAGAGUGAAGAGAGGGUAUAAGCCCUUGAGCGUGGAUAAUCUCGUGCCGCUUUACCAAAUAAAAAAUCCAGCGAAUCCAGGCAAUAAGGAUCCAUGUGAUCCUUAUUUCCAGUAUCAAUGGUAUCUGAAGAACACCGGCCAAAACGGAGGGAAACCGAAAUUGGAUCUGAACGUGAAGGCAGCUUGGGCACAGGGAGUUACAGGAAAAAACGUGACCACGGCUAUCAUGGACGAUGGUGUCGACUACAUGCAUCCGGACUUGAAGUAUAACUACAAUGCCAAAGCUUCUUACGACUUUAGCAGCAACGAUCCUUAUCCAUAUCCAAGAUACACCGACGAUUGGUUCAAUAGUCACGGGACCAGAUGCGCCGGGGAGGUGGCAGCGGCGAGGGACAAUGACGUGUGCGGCGUGGGCGUUGCGUACGAUUCGAAAGUCGCCGGGAUCCGUAUGCUGGAUCAGCCUUACAUGACGGAUCUGAUCGAGGCGAACAGCAUGGGACACGAACCUGACCUUAUAGACAUUUAUAGCGCCUCGUGGGGACCGACGGACGACGGUAAAACCGUCGACGGGCCGCGAAACGCGACGAUGAGGGCGAUCGUCCGCGGCGUUAACGAGGGUAGAAAAGGGUUGGGUAACAUAUACGUGUGGGCGUCCGGCGACGGCGGCGAGGAGGAUGAUUGCAACUGCGAUGGUUACGCGGCGAGCAUGUGGACUGUCAGCAUUAACAGCGCCAUCAACGAUGGGCAAAACGCUCAUUACGACGAGAGCUGUUCGAGCACCCUGGCCUCGACGUUUAGCAACGGCGCCAAGGAUCCUAAUAUAGGGGUGGCCACCACUGAUCUUUAUGGAGAAUGUACAACGACACACAGCGGAACGUCGGCUGCGGCACCGGAGGCAGCGGGAGUGUUCGCGCUCGCCCUCGAGGCCAAUCCGCAAUUGACUUGGCGCGAUAUUCAACAUCUGACAGUGUUAACAUCGAAAAGGAACUCGUUAUUCGAUGCGAAGGGUAGAUUUCAUUGGACUAUGAACGGGGUGGGUCUGGAAUUCAACCACUUAUUCGGUUACGGCGUACUAGACGCUGGGGCGAUGGUCGCCUUGGCGAAGAAAUGGAAAACCGUGCCACCGCGGUACCAUUGCGAGGCUGGUUCCGUGCUCGAAACUCAAGAAGUGACGAGCGAUCGAUCGAUCCUGUUGAAAAUAAAGACUGAUGCCUGCGCUGGUACCGAGUACGCCGUCAACUAUCUGGAACACGUGCAAGCGGUAAUUUCCGUGAACGCGUCGCGCCGCGGCGAUCUCGAGCUAUUCCUGACUUCUCCCAUGGGAACCAGGUCAAUGAUUCUCAGCCGCAGGAUAAAGGACGACGAUCAUAGGGACGGCUUCACCAAAUGGCCGUUCAUGACCACGCAUACCUGGGGAGAGUAUCCUCAGGGCACUUGGUUGUUAGAGGUGAGCUUCAAUACUCAGAAACCCCAACGCGGAUGGAUCCGUGAAUGGACCCUGAUGCUACACGGCACUAGAGAGCCACCGUACACCGGACUUCCGGCUGCGGAUCCUCAUUCGAAAUUGGCAAUCGUGAAGAAGGCCCACGAGGAGCGAUCGACUUCGAUGUAACGACUGAGGACACUGAGAGAUGUUUCAACGCGACUAGUCUUUAUUAUUUAAACGAAAUCUCAUUUCUACGGGCAGACAGGAACAGUCGAGUGUAUUACGUAACUCCUUAUGACAAUCCUUACUUUCCAGUUCUGCCGAUUGUUUUCUGUGAUAAGAUCAGUUCUGAUCACAGUUUCUCGUAGCAGCUUAUUACUUUUUAUUUUCUCGAUGGAUCUUACAAUUAGUAAUUCUCAUUAGAGAUUUAAUCAGGAAUUCAAUUGGUGCCAUAUCCACUUUGAACGACUCGUUAUAGUUAUCUCGAUAAAUGAUUCAUAUUCUAUUUGUUAGUUAAUCGUGUUAGAGAAAUUGAAUAUAUAAAGAAAAAGAGGAAUCCUUUCGUUGAAAGAAAGUGAACGAAGAGAAGGCAUCUUCAUUUUUAAGAUUGCCGAAGUGUCUCGGUUGGGAACAAAUAAAUCAUUCGCAAGCUGUCCUCGCAACUCGACGAGCCCGUCCGUCUCAUACCGAUUAAAUCAAUAGAUUUAGCUGAGUUCUUUUUAGCGCGUGUCGAGUUGGGAGGUGAUAACAGUGGGUCCACGCGUGUCAACAGGUUCUCCGAAGUGUUUCAACACUUUUGCACGAUAUAUUUACUAUAAACUAUUUAAAAUUUAAGUAUAUACACGUACGUACAGUCGAAUCUGAAACAGGAAUUAAAUAAAGAAAGAAUUUUUCUUUUCGGCAUAAAUCUUGAAUACUUCAGACUCGCAGUUUUUAUACGGAGGACUCUUAGGCUGUCAAGCCUGUGUAUUUUUUCCUCUUAAAUCUCUAAGCACGCGUCGAGCAUGCUUAAGCGUGAUCUACUCACAUAUCCAUAAAUAUCGGACCCUAAAUACGACGCACAACGUGAUAAGGACUUUUUACAAAAUUCAACAGCGACGAAACAUAUUAUACAUCAGUAGUGGAAGUCAAAGACUUCGAAAUCCUUAGACGCCUUUGCGUCUGUACAUACAAUUAUAAAUCGAGAAGGUCUACUUGUCGUUUACACGCGUGGAAACCAGUUCGAGACACGCGAUCCAAUUUUGAUUUUCACGGCGGAUUCAACUGAACAAGAAUAAUGUUACUUUCUGAAUAGAGAAGAGACUCGGCAGGUUGCUUGUUUAUUCGCUGACUAAACGCUAUCUCGUGAAUUAUCGUCGAUCUAUGUGCUUUUGUAAGGUAAACGGGAUAAUUACUCUGAUGGCUUUCAACACAAAUCUAUAAGUUGAACUAUGAAUUCCUAAUUUCAUUUUUUAAACAAUAUUUAUGUCUCUUGAUUGGAAGAUUAAUUAAACUGAUUAUUAUUUGUAUUAAAAAUGGGUUUGCGUUGGAAGCUAUCAGUCUCAUUGGAUAAAAUGCUCCCUUCGGAGGGACACCCAUCAGUAUUAGAUCCAUCUACCAUUAAUUAACUAAACCGACGACUCUUGUCGACUAGGUGAUAACCGUAAGAUUAUUUCGGAUCAACGUGCACGAAAGAAAACACUCGACGGUGAGACUGGGAUCGCGUGCGUUCCACGUGGACCACGAGGUUGGGCUCCCGGUUUCACAUGAGAGUUUUCCCAGUGAGAAGAAACGUUCCAUGUAUUUACACGAUCUCUGUAUAUGUGUGCUCGUCGUACAAAGGAGCCUCCUUGUUUUGAUCCCGUGGAUUCGAGGAUAGAACGAUACUAAUUGGAAAAAUCGAGCCGAGCUUAGAGAGGAGGGGGCAGUUAACGUUAUACCAUAAGAUAUCAAUUCUCGAAGGAAGUAAUUACUUUGCCGGUGCUCGCCGCACUGCUACUCACUCGAUUUCAGAGACAGGAAAGAGGAUGCGUGUGUGAGAGAAGAUACAUAAUAUAGGAACCAAAAAAAAAAUCGUGUAGAUACUCUAGAUACUUAGAGAGUUUUGAAGUUACGCAUAAAGGAAUGAACGUCAACAGGAAAUGAAUAUACAUAUAUUAUAUAUAUAUACAUAUAGUUGAAGUGAAAAAUUUAAUCAACCUUAUUCUGUACGUGAUGUACGUGGAUGAAUAAAAUCUUUAUUUUUUGGCCUG